UUAACGUGGACAAGGGCCGCAGCCUGGGCCUCACCAUCCGCGGCGGCCAGGAGUACGGCCUUGGAGUCUUCGUCAUUGGCGUCGACAGGCACUCGGCCGCCGAUAUCGCCGGGCUACAGGUAGGCGAUGAGAUCCUGUCGGUGAACGAGCACGACCUGAGCGAGCUGACGCACGACGAGGCCGCCGACGUGCUCCAGCACGCGCCUCGCAUGAUACUGCGCGUGCGCCGCCUGGGCAAGGUGCCUUGCGACCCCGCCCUGCUGGCUGACGGCGACGAUGACGUGGACGACGACCGCACUCGGAGAAGCGUCCAGGACUGCAGGAUGGUGGACCACCACGGUUACGGCAGUGCGCGCGGCGACGUGGAGCGACUAGAGUGCGGACUGGCUGACCCAAUGGCCUCCCGCGUGAGCCGCGGCAGCAGCCGGCGCCUCAGCCCUCGGCGCCAGACCAGCGAGGAAAUCGAAGAGGCACUGGACGCCAAGUGCGCCGAACUACUCUCGCCAAGUGCGCGCAUCUCGCUGGCCUACUACCGGAACGAGUACGAGACACGUGCCAUGACAGUGGAUGCCCUGGUCGCGGUGCUGCUGGAGCUUCUGGACACGCCGCACAAGUACGCGCUCCUAGGGCACCUGAGAAACUCCAUACGACCGGAGGAUCUCGACAAGUUUGACGAGCUGCUGUACCGGCGAGAGGUCCAGGCGGCGCGGUCCAAAGAAACGCAGCAGCAGGUGCAACUCCAGCUUCAGCAGCAGCAGCAACAACAGCAACAGCAGCAGCAGCUCCAGCAGCAGCAGCAGCAGCAACAACAGCAACAUCAGCAGCAGUCGGUUGUGGUGGAAGGUGCCUGCGGGGGCGCUGAGCUGCCCAGCGAGGACAGCGGAGUUGACCUGGCCAGUGGGGGCGGCGGAGGCGGCGGCAGUCUUCAGCAGGGCGGAGGCAGCCGGCGACGCAGACCUCCGUUCCGGCGGCACAGCAGCGGCGGUGAGUCUGGCGACAAACAGCUGGCCGUCGAGGACCGCCGCUGGAGCAGCGUCAGCGAGCCGCCCAUGGACCCGGACGUGGCGCUCGCCCAGCGGAUCGUGCGUGACCUGGAGCUGAUACCGGCCGAAGAGCCCGUGCGGUUGCCGCGCGUGCGCCGCUGCCGCCCGUCGGCUGCCGCCAAGCGCACCACGUUUGCACCGCUGCCCGCUUCCACUGGCGGCACCUCCGCCGACACCGCCGCGGAUGCUCAGCACGACACCAAGGACAAGGUACAGAUGACAGCGCAGGCAGAUUCGGACGCAACAUAUGUUCUUAUCACGCUGGUGUUUGUGUUCUCGGUUGUUUUCGCUACAUUGCAAUCAUAA